AUGAAUUCCAUAUUUUUUGGCAUUCUUUUGGUUACAUCAUUUUUUUCAUUGACGGAGGCGAAUUGUUACGAUAAUUGGAGUCGUUGCACACCGGAGACCUCAUUUUGGACAGGAAUUCUAUGGAAAGAUUGCCCAGAUUACUGUCGCGAGUGUCAGGGUCGAGAAAGUGGUGGUUGUGUGAGGGUGGAGAACAAAGAGUGUUCUGGUGGAUAUCAGUGCCAAUGUAGCGGUGGGAAUGUGGACAAGUCAGGCAACUGGAUCGUCAUGGCCACUUGUGCGUUGGGACUU